GCAUCCAAACGCCGCUUCUUCCCGCUGUUCAUGACUGCAACACCCCCCUUGUCUAAUCCAGCGCUACGUCCGUCUCCCCGCGGCAGCCAUGCAUGCCGUCGCCCUCCGCCUCCCUCCGCAUGAAGCCCCCCUCCUUCUCGGUGUCGGUGACCACGGCGUCCCAGCUCCACGACGCCAUCGACCGCCUCCUCCCGCUCCUCCGCGCCGACGCCUCCCACGCCCCAGCCGCUCGCGCGCUCGCCGCGGCCGCCGCCGCCUCUCUUCCGCCCUCCACGCUCCUCUCCAACCGCCUCCUGCAUCUGCUUUCCUCCCAUGCAGCCACCCUGCCCGACGCGCUCGCCCUCCUCUCCUCCCUCCCCCACCCCGAUGUAUGCUCCUACAACACCCUCGUCGCCGCGCUCUCCCGCUCCCCGCGCGGCCUCGCCUCCGCGCGCGCGCUGUUCGACCAAAUGCCCCGCAGGGACCACUUCUCCUGGUCCGCCAUCGUCUCCGCCCACGCGCGCCACGGCCAGCCCCACGCUGCGCUCGCGCUCUACAGGCGGAUGCUGCGGGAGCCCGGAAGCGCUGGCGCGGACAACCAGUUCACGGCGUCCAGCGCACUCGCCGCGGCCGCGGCCGCCCGGUGCGCCCGCGAGGGGAUGGAGCUGCAUUGCCACGUGGUCAGGAGGGGGAUCGACGCGGACGUCGUCAUCUGGAGCGCGCUCGCGGACAUGUACGCCAAGUGUGGGCGCGUGGACAACGCUAGGAGCGUGUUCGAUCGUAUGCCAGUCCGGGAUGUCGUCUCUUGGACGGCCAUGCUGGAGAGAUAUUUCGACGCUGGACGUGGUGGCGAAGGCUUCAAGAUGUUUGUCCACAUGCUGAGGAGUGGUGUUCGACCGAAUGAGUUCACCUAUGCGGGGGUUCUGCGUGCUUGUGCAGAAUUCACCUCCGAGAGACUCGGGAGGCAGGUGCAUGGUCGAAUGGCAAAGAGCAUUAUGAGGGACUCAUGCUUUGGAGAGAGCGCGCUUUUGCACAUGUACUCCAAGUGUGGGGACAUGGGGAGCGCAGUGCGUGUCUUUGAGGGGGCACCAAAGCCAGACUUGGUGUCGUGGACGGCUGUGAUCUCUGGCUAUGCACAGAAUGGCCAGCCAGAAGAGGCGUUGCACUACUUCGACAUGUUCUUAAGGUCUGGAAUCAGGCCUGAUCAUGUCAUGUUUGUUGGUGUUCUGUCUGCAUGUGUUCAUGCCGGUCUGGUCGAUAAAGGUUUGAAGAUCUUCCAUUUGAUAAAGGAUGAGUAUGGCAUUGAGCACACAGCUGAUCAUUAUGCUUGUGUGAUUGAUCUCCUCAGCCGGUCAGGCCAGUUCGAGCCAGCAGAAGAGAUGAUUAACAAGAUGUCCGUGAAGCCCAACAAGUUCCUAUGGGCGUCCUUGCUUGGUGGCUGCCGGAUUCACAAGAAUGUCCGCCUUGCAAGGUGGGCAGCGGAAGCAUUGUUUGAAAUAGAACCUGAUAAUUCAGCAACAUAUGUUACUCUAGCCAAUAUUUACGCGUCAGUUGGUCUGUUUGACGAAGUUGAGAAUGUGAGAAGGAUCAUGGAGUCAAAUGGCAUAUCUAAAAUGCCGGCCUCAAGUUGGAUUGAAGUUGGGAGAAGAGUGCAUGUGUUUCUGGUUGGGGAUAAAACACAUCCUCAAGCUGAGGAAAUAUAUGCGCUUCUGAGGAAGCUGUUUGUGAAAAUGAGGGAAGAAGGGUAUGUGGCAGACACGGGAUCUGUUCUCCAUGAUGUAGAAGACGAGCAGAAGGAGCAGGACAUUGGUUACCACAGUGAGCGGCUUGCUGUUGCUUUUGGGAUCAUUGCCACUCCGCAGGGUGCUCCUAUCAAGGUUUUCAAGAAUCUGCGCAUUUGUGGGGACUGUCAUACCACUAUUAAAUUCAUAUCGCAGAUUGUGCAGAGAGAGAUCAUUGUCCGGGACUCUAACAGGUUCCAUCACUUCAAGAAUGGGAGUUGUUCUUGCAGGGACUAUUGGUGACAUGUGCUGCAUAUAUAAAUGCUUUUGACUUUUGAGAUUGGGAAAAACUAUCAAUAAAUUCAUGGCUAAGAUCAAUGUGUAGCAGCCAGAAGGUGUUGAUACAAGGUAGUUGACAUGUCAGACACUACAAGAUAUUCAGCUUCUCAGGGUGCCGCUAGGUAAAUGGCAACAAGAUGACAUUUGGACUUUUUUUUUUCUGAACUUGGUAAUGCUCUAUCUUGGGGAGUAAUAAAUGCUCGUUUUCGCUUGCUCAUUUCCUGCGGAUGAGCACAAACAUGCAAUUGGCAAACAGGAAGGAAGGAGGUGAGGAAUUCAAAAAGCAACGAAUUCAAUUGUCAUUGAGACUUAACCUUGCACGUUGUAUCUGUUCUGUUAAUGUCAGCUUUUAUGUAUGUUUUCUUUUUUUCUUCUGCUGCUGUAGUUAGUAACAGAUCCUGUAAAUGAGAACAAUAAUUUAUGGUGAUUUGUGGGCGAAAGUCCCAUUGCAAAUGUUUAAUUUUGACCUGUAAAUACUGCUGAUGUAGUGUUUCACUUUGAAUGCAA